UGUAUAUAUAUAUCUAUGUGCCCGGCGUACCCCAUAGGCAACCCGCUUACGAGGAAAUCUGAUUCUGGUCGAGGAUCAUAGAAUUUAUAAACGCCUCUCGCUUUAGUCUUUACGUCUCCAUUUCGUUUCGAAUUUUGGGUAUCUGUUCGAGGCAUGGGAAAUUGUGUCGGACAGGGGGUACAAGAACGGAGCGUAAGCAACGGAGGAGGAGAGAGGAGGAAAGCUCCGCCGACGAGGAGCACGUCCCAUUCGUCUUCCCAACAUGCCCAAUCUCACCUUCCGAAGCUCAGCAAGUAUGCUUUCAUUCCUGACAACUACCACACUCUCGAUCAGGUUACAGUUGCCUUGAGAGAAGCAGGGCUAGAAUCAUCAAACCUUAUACUUGGAAUAGAUUUCACUAAAAGCAAUGAGUGGACAGGUAAACAUUCAUUCAGAAACCAGAGCCUGCAUGCGAUUGGUGCCACACCCAAUCCAUAUGAAGAAGCCAUAACUAUUAUUGGAAAGGCAUUGGCUCCCUUUGACGAAGACAAUUUAAUUCCUUGUUUCGGGUUUGGUGAUGCAACCACGCAUGAUCAAAUGGUGUUCAGCUUCCACACUGAUCAUACACCUUGCCAUGGCUUUGAAGAAGUUUUGGCCUGCUAUCAGCGGAUUGUUCCAAACUUGAAAUUGUCAGGGCCCACUUCUUUUGGACCAAUAAUUGAGGCUGCAAUCGACAUCGUUGAGAGCCAUCAUGGGCAAUAUCAUGUGCUGGUUAUCGUUGCAGAUGGGCAGGUCACCAGAAGCAUUGAUACAGAGGAUGGAAAACUCAGCCCACAGGAGAAGAGCACGAUUGAUGCAAUAGUCGCUGCAAGUUCUUAUCCUUUAUCAAUUGUGCUCAUUGGAGUUGGUGAUGGACCCUGGGAUGACAUGAGGGGUUUUGAUGACAAGAUCCCUGCACGUGUAUUCGACAAUUUUCAGUUCGUGAACUUCACCGCGAUCAUGUCUAAAAAUAACAGCCCCUCUGAGAAGGAAGCUGCAUUUGCUCUCGCUGCACUAAUGGAGAUUCCCAUUCAGUAUCAAGCAACCAAGGAACUUCAUAUCCUUGGACGUGUGACAGGGAAAGCUAAAAAAGUUGUUCCACGCCCCCCGCCAGUUGCCUACACCCGUCCACCACCACCACUGGGAGAAAUAAGCAACCUACAAUCAUCCCAACAAUCACCAUCGGAAGACCAAACUCAAGUCUGCCCGAUUUGCUUAACGAAUGCAAAAGAUUUGGCCUUUGGAUGCGGGCAUAUGACUUGUAGAGACUGUGGGCAGAGCUUAUCUCAAUGUCCAAUCUGUCGUGCGCGCAUCACGUCCCGUCUCAGGCUUUUUUCAGGCUGAUGUAGCCAAUCAUUCCCUUCCAAAUGUCUAGAUUAUUCCAACCUUUUUCUUUUCUUUUCUUGUAAUUUCAAUCAUAUGGUUAUGUGAAUCAUCUCUUUGUAUUUUAAUGUUUGUAAUAAAUGAUUCAUGUUACCAACAAUGAAAAAGAUUUCCUGUUGUAAAAAUAAUUGAUUGAUUAAGGUGUA